AUGGCGGCCCCUGCGCUGGAGUCCUGGCAGGCUGUGGCUCCGCGGAGAAGGCGCUCUGGGGCCCGGCAUCCGCGGCCCCGGGAAGCACUGGCGACCCGGAACCCGAGGGCGGAGCCCGAGGUGGACGGCGGAGUCGUGCUUCGUCGCAUCCGGGAGGCCGAGGCAGACCUGCUUAUUUCUGAUUUCUGGAGUUUAGCACUAGAAACCAUCAACAAAUGUCUUAAGAAACAUCUGGAACAACGGAACACCCCUGUAGGGACUCUUUCGGAAGCCAUUGGAGACCUGCACCUCGACCCAUCACCAGAUGAGUCAGAUGCGGCCCCCGGCUCCAUCCCAGGAGAGACCCUGGUCACGGGGACCUGUGAUUGGAAGUGUGUGUGUUAUGGCAUUGGGAACUUUGCCACCUGCGUCAUAGCUAGAAACCAGCUGACAUUUUUGCUUCUCUUCCUGGAAAAGUGCCAGAUUCCCAGAAGUCACUGCUGGGUGUAUGACCCUCUGUUUAGCCAACUUGAGAUUGCAGUUCUUAACACCCUUGGGGUGACUGUCCUCCGUGAGAACGAGGAGGGAAAGCGGAGCGUCUGCGGGGAGCCCACCAUCUUUUACAUGCUGCACUGUGGGACAGCCCUGUACAACAACCUCCUGUGGAGUAACUGGUCAGCAGACGCCCUUUCCAAGAUGGUCAUCAUUGGGAACAGUUUCAAAGGACUAGAGGAGAGAUUGUUGACAAGGAUUCUGCAGAAAAACUACGCCUAUGUUGCGAAGAUUCUAAAGGGACUGGAAGAGCACGCGUUCCCUCAGAGCCCGCAGUACACAGACACAUUCAACGACACGGCUGUCCACUGGUUCCCUGUCCGAAAGCUCUGCCAGCUCUCCCCGGACACCUGGGCCUUUCGGGAAGAACCGGAUUAUCGGGGCUGUGAGGACCUUGAAAUCAUCCAGAACGAGACACAAGCUCCUUCAGCUACCGACUCAAACUUGCUCUAA